UCACGUGAGUUCCGGGCGCGGGUCGCGGCCAUCGCGGCGGGGCCGGGCCGGGUCGGUCUCGGUUUCGGUCUCCGUCUUCCCGGUGUCGUCUCCCCGCUGUCUCUCCGUGUUCCCAGGAAGUCGCUCUGCGCAGGCAGCAAUGGAUUUCCCCUCGGGAGGGUGGGGACGGGACGCCGAAGUGCCCCCCGCGCGGCCUGUGCCCGGCGCCGGCCCGGGCGCCGUGAAUCCUUUCCUGAGCCUGCUGCACUCCAUCUCCUCGGGCCUGUCGGACACGGAGCUCUCCGCCAUGAAGUUCCUCUGCCGCGACAAAAUUAGGAAGCGAAAGCUUGAGACGGUGCAAAGCGGCCGGGAACUCUUCAGCAUCCUGAUGGAGCAGCAGGAGAUCUCGAGCGGCAGCCUGGAAUUCCUGAGAAAGCUGCUGCAGCACAUCGAUAGGGACGACUUGGUGGCACAGCUGGUGCAGUUCGAAGAGGAAGAACCUCAUGCUCCUGAUGGUCAGCCAGAUGUGCAUGAAAAAGGUCUCCUGAAGGCAGCUAGUGCUGUCAUAUGUGACAACGUUGGGAAAGAGUGGAAGAAGCUGAUGCGAGAACUUGGAAUGCCGGAGGUGAAGCUGGACAGGAUAGAGGCAGCCCAUCGAUUUAAUUUGUAUGAACAGCUUGUUCAGGCACUUCGGGAGUGGCAGAGGUGGAAGGGGAAGGAUGCAAAGGUGGCUGACUUAAUUAAAGCCCUGCGGGGCUGCAGCCUGAAUUUGGUGGCAGACAUGGUUGAAGAGAAGAUCUCACAGCUGAACACUGGAGCCAGAUGAAAUCAGUGUAAAAAUAUGAAUGAAAAAAGUCAAAGUGCCUUCUCUUGUGAACCAAAAUAAUUACCGCUGUUUGCUUGCCAUGCCAUUAAUUUAUGUGCCUUAAUAAGUUAAUUUGUGCUCAGAUGAAAAUUGACAUUGAAACAGAUUCCUUUCAGGGAACACUUUGUAGUUUGAUGCUUCCUUCAAGAUACUUUAACUUUCACAAGACCUGAACUCCAUUUUGUAGAAAAUUCUUACACUUUUGUUCUGCCACCUACCUGGAAAGAUUUGCUUUGCUGCAAGGCCCUUUUCAGAUACAUCUCCAUGAAAAUACAUCCAUGGGACACUUCUGAGGCAACUGGAAUUUAAAAUUUCAUGGAGAGGUUGGAUUUUUUUUUUUUUUUUUUUGGUGGCCUAUUAUACAUUUAGUGUGAAAGGGAGAAGGAGUAAACUUCUCAGCUGGGUGCUGGCUUUUCUUUUGGAGUAGCAUAAGAUAAUAUCUUAGGUAAUUUGUCAAAUAUAUUUGCUCUCCAUCAAGGGAUAUUAAGACAACUGUAACCUCAGACUGCAGUGCAAGAGGGCCAUUAAAUAUUGUGGUGGCUCUUUCUUGGAACAAAAAAAAAUGUGCCUUGGGUUUGAAAACUAAAUCCAAUGUCUGCACCAAGUGCCUUCAGCAUCCUGAAGGAAGUGUUCUCCUGAACCUAUCCAAGCGAAUGUGUCUCACAGAUGUUUGCAGCAGCCUCUUUUCAAAGCUGUGAGUGCUUUGGGGUCCCUUGCUGGGAAUCCUCCCAUGCCCUCUGUCACAGAGAGGCUGCUCGUGCGUGCUGGAAGGUGUGAGGGAACAGGAUGUAUGAGCCAGACCAGGUGCAGUUCUCAGCUUUAAUCUGGAACAAACUUCAGUCCAUGGCCUUCUUGCCUGACCUAAGGCUGGAGAAACUGCACAAUGGCUCAGUCCAGGACGUGCAGGGCUGUAGAGGCCUCUGGGGACCAUCCCCUGUGCCAGGGGGGAGAAUCCUCUGAAAUCAUUCUUGCUUGAACAGUUGUAGCAUCGUGUGUUUCUGCAAACAUCCUGCCAAGUGCCUGGCUAGAGACUGGAAGAGGUUUUAUUGCUGCUGCACCUGUGGGACUUCCAGCUCCUUCCAAGUUGUUUUUGUGUGGUGCCAUUGCUGUGAAAGCCGGGUGUCAGCAGGUAACUUGUCAGUGCUCUGCAGAAGCGUCAUGACACUGACAGUUGUCAGGUUUUCAUUGCACUUGGUGCCUCUUGCUCAAACACUGAGGCUUGAAUACUUAAUUGUAGUGAAUGGAAACUGCUGUAAGUUCACAUGAUAGGAAAAUCGUUUCAGUCAGGGCUUUUUUUUCCUCUUCAGUGAUUUAUCUCCACAUUCCUAGAAGUGCUCAAGGCCAGGCUGGAUGGGACCUGGAGCAACCUGGCCGAGUGUAAGGUGUCCCUGGUUGGAACUGGAUGAUCUUUAAGGUCCCUUCCAGCCCAAACCAUUGGGAUUGCAUGUUGAUUCUCAGUAUCUUUCCACCUGUGGUAUGUUAAAUACCAGUGAGUGUAUCCAAGCAAAGGGUAAUACAGGAGAUGCCACCUGUCUGCCUUUUGGGCAGGCAGAGUUCUCCACGUUCUUAUUCCCUCUACUUGUAUCAGUUGCCAGUUCCAGGCUCCCAGGAGGAGAUGCUGAGCUUCAGCUGAAUGACCAGCUCAAGUGUUUUGGAGGUUUUUGUUCCACAGACACCAGCAGUAUCCAUUCUGCAGUAUGUAAAGAAAAGGAUUGCUCCAGGAAUUUUUCCUUCCUGCCUCUGAGCAAUCCUUGGGAGCAGAGCAGAGAAGUGGAGUGAGUUAUGCGAGUGCGGCAACAGCUCCAGGUUCAAUCUCUCUGCUGAAGUGCCUUUCUUACCCACUUUUAAUGAGUCUUCUGCUUCACAGAGGAGAUUUAUGUGGAAUGGGAAGAGCAUACUGCCUACUGCAUACAACGAGGAUAUUUUGGGAAUCAGUUGGAAUAACCUGUUAGUUGUAGCCAAGGACUCAUCAGCUACAAGAAAUAUUCUGCUUCAGAAGAUAAAAACCUCGUUUCUUCAGAGAUUUUGUACAUCUUUUUACUGUGUAUGAAAGCAAUGACCUGGACUGCAUCAAUCUGUGCAGUACCUCAGGGCCAAUUAAGACUGUUUUUAUGCGAGAUUAAAAUGUUGUUUAUGUGAGAGCAAAAUCAACUGAAACGAAGGAAACAAAAUAUUUUUAUUGGGAGGAGGGAUAAGGGGAAAGAGUGCAGUUUGUAAGGGAAUGUUUUCUGAUCCAGCUGGCAAUCUUCUAUUUUCAAAUUAAACACUUUGAACUCAUAUACAUAUUUUUAUAACUUGAAUUAAAGCUUUAUAUUGUGUAAUUUUUGGUACAAUUCAUUAAAAAGAAUUCCUUAAAAACCAA